AUGUCUCUAUCUAUACUUUUCUCUCUUAACUUUUCUAGCUAUGCUCCUUUUACUUUCGUCUUACACCACGUCCUUUCUUUCUCUGUAUUCUCUCUCUCUCCCCCCCUCUCUCUCUCUCUCUUCAUUUGUGUUUAUCUCAUUUUAUCCUUCUUUCUUACCUCUCUUUCUAUUUUAUCCGCCAUUUUUUUGUAUUGUUCACAUUACUUAAUCUUUAUUUUUCUUUCUUUUUAUUUCAUUCUUUUUUGUUUUGUUUUUUUCUUUCUUCCUUUUUUUCUUUCGAUUUCUGUUCUGUCUUUCGUUUUUUAUCUUUUUUUUGCUUUGCUUAUAUUUUGUUUCUUUUAUUUUCUUUUUAUUUUGUUUCUUUCUCUCUUUAUCCUUUUCUUUUUUCUUUCUUCUUUCUUUUCUUUUGUUUUCUUUCUUCAUUCUGUUUUUCUUUCUUUCCCUUUCUCACUUUUUCUAUUUUUCUUUCUUUCCUUCUAUCUUUCUUUCUUUCUUUCAUUCUUUCUUUUCUUUUCUUUUUCUUUUCUUUUUUCUUUCUUCUUUCUUUCCUUUCUUUUUCUUUUUUUAAAUUUCUUCUUUUCUUCAUUCUUUCUUUCUCUUUUCUUUCUUUCUUUCUCUUUUCUUUCUUUCUUUCUUUCUUUAUUUCUUUAUUUAUUUAUUAAUCAGCAGUCUUUUCAUAAGUCGUCUUCACCUGUAAAUUGUGGCAGUAAAUUUACAUAA